UUUAGUGGAGUGAAACUUAUUGAAAGCAGAGCAAUACUAACGAUGGCCUGUUUAAGCGAGUCCACUACGGCAAGCAGCGAAGAGGAGAAGAAAGAACAGAGGCUUAUUGAUGUCAUGUUCCUCUGUGACGAGUGGAAAUCUUCGAAGGGUGGAUUAUCAACUUUCAAUCGAGAAUUUGCUAUUAACUUGGCAGAAACGACAACUGGUAGCCUGAAAAUUCACUGCUACGUUUCGCAAAGCGAUGAUCGAGACAGAGAGGAUGCCAAACAACAUGGUGUGAAUUUAAUUAACGCUGAGACUGUUCCCGGAUCGCGUGAUCCCUUGGAUUGGUUAAAGAUUCCACAUCCCACGCUUCAGCAUCCACAGGUUGUCAUUGGUCACGGCAGAAAACUUGGAACUCCUGCGUGCCACUUUGUACGAACUACAAGAUGUAAAUGGAUUCAAUUCGUCCACGUCUUCUGUGAGGACCUUGGGAAAUACAAGAAAACAACUUCGGCUGCAACAGAUACGAUGGAAGAGAACGAGGAGAAGCACAAGAUGGAGAUUGAGUUGUGUAAAGCAGCGGAUGCAGUUGUCGCCGUUGGCUCCCGUCUACAACAGAAGUACAGCAGAAGUCUCCUUAAUGUUAAGGUGGAGAUUAUUACUCCUGGGAUCUUUGAAAAGUUUUCCAGUGAAUCAAAGUUGGCUGUAAAUAGAUCAGUAGUUAAGAAAUUUAACUUGUUUAUGUUUGGCCGAGCUACCUUUGAGGAUCUUUCCCUCAAAGGAUACGAUAUUGUUGCAAAUGCCAUAGGUUCUCUUGGUAAGAACUUUGAGCUGACAUUUGUUGGCUCACCUCCUGGUGAACAUCAAAACGUUGAGCAAUGGUUUCUUAACAACACUCGCAUCAACCGCAACCAACUAACCAUCCGUGGAUACUGCAGUGAACAAGAGGAACUUAAAAUGAUGUUCUAUCAGUCAGACUUGGUUGCUCUGCCAUCCCGUACCGAGGGGUUCGGGUUAGUGCCACUCGAGGCCAUUUCUGCUGGCGUUCCUAUACUUGUUUCUGGUGAAUCUGGUAUAGCUGAGGCUUUGCAAGAAGUAGAAGGUGGAAAGGCUGUCAUUGUUGAAUCAGAUGAAGAUGCAGAUGAAUGGGCACAAAGGAUUAGAGAGAUCUUUGAGGAAAGCGUAGAAGAGAGAGAAGCCAAUGCCAUGAAGCUUCGUGAGAACUACAGGAAGGCUUUUUCUUGGAGAACAGAAUGUGAGAGAUUUAAAGCAAUGAUUGAGAGACUAAUGCAAAAGGAACAUGCAGAUGAUGAGGUAAAUAUUACUACUGGUGGAAGUGAAUAUUACUGUGAGAGUGGAAAGAAGAGAAAACUUACUGCUACAGAGAAUUUGCGCCAGAAAUGUAACACGCAAAUGAUAGCGGACAAGUCCGUAGCAGACAGCGUCGAAGGACUGAUCGGAGCGUAUCUAAUUUCCUGUGGUUAUCUUGGUGCACUGCGAUUCAUGAAGUUUCUAUGGCUAAAACUUUUACCUGAAGUUGAUUCCGACGACGGCAUUGAUUCGUUGGCAGAGAAUAGCAAAUCGGGUUGCUAUGCCAGAUUUUGGCCGGAUCAGACAAAUGUAACAGCAACGCAAGGUAAAGGAGAUAUGGUUUCCCGUCUCACUUCUGGCCUGGAAAACUUUGAAAAUAAAGCAAUCUCGUACAAUUUUCAACAAAAGUUGUAUUUGGUAGAAGCUCUAACUCACGCGUCGUACCACGAAAACCGUGUCACACCAAGUUAUGAACGACUCGAGUUCCUUGGCGAUGCUUUGCUCGACUUUUUGGUCACGCAACAUUUGUACUUCCGUCGUGUCAACUUGUCACCCGGACAACUGACUGAUAUUCGACAGGCCUUGGUGAACAAUAACAUCUUUGCCACCCUUGCCGUGAAACAUGACUACCACAAGUUUCUCAAGCAUAUGUCUCCUAAGUGGUUACAAACUGUGAAGAACUUUCUGGAGAGAGUGGAAGAUGAGGUAGAAGAGAGGAAACACAAUCGCCCUCAAACGGUCACAGCUGACCCAUUUAUUAUCGUGUCUGAAGAAGAAGAAGAAGGAAUCGAGGCGCCUAAAGUUCUUGGUGACAUCUUUGAAUCAGUAGCAGGCGCGAUAUUUUUGGACAGCGGUAUGGAUUUGACUAAAACGUGGGGCGUGUACUACCGCAUGAUGAAACCCUACAUCGAUCAUUACUCGGUGAAUAUACCGCGAAAUCCCAUCAGACAUGUCUACGAGGAAGACGAGAGGGCCGACUUUGGGAAAGCGAAGACCCUUGAUGAUGGGAAGAUCCAGUGUACUCUGAGAGUGCACUGGGGAGAGUUCAAUGGAAAGGGAACGAACAUGAAGAUAGCUAAAGCUACAGCUGCCAAGCUUGCCAUUGAAAGACUGGAAAAGAAAUCUUUACAAGAGCACUCCGCGGUAUACGAAGAAGAUUGAGUUUCAGUGCGGGCUUCGAGGACAUCAAUGUUGUUGUUAAGGGUGCUUUCUUUGAUUUUAGUUGUCCUAGAGAAUGCUGCGGAACGCCAUUUAUGGGAAGUAAAUUUCUUAUGUUCUAGUGCUUAUUAUUGUAUAUUAUUUUCCGCAACAUAUGAAAUUAAAUUUCUGACAUGAACAUCCUUCUCUGGGAGCUACGUUUAUGUAGACGAUGUGCUAUAAAUGAAUGGGCAUCAUUUAAGAUUACUCUAUUUUAAAAGUUUCUCUAAAGUACUGCGAUUGACUUUCUCAGACAUCGAUAGUGGACGAGACAUUUGCAUUGUAAAUACGGCUUUAAAAUAUUUUUAUGUACUUUUAUCUUUUAAAUGACUCUGUAUUUUAAGAGUGGGUGUCACGGAGUUAUCGCUGACAAAAAGAGAGAAAAACGCAGUUAUGCAAAACAACAGUAAAUCAAACCGAAAAAAAAAUACAGAAAACUCUGACAGCAAUAACGGUGAAAGUGGUGAAAGUUUACCGUAACAUGGUGUUUAGGUAUAUGAGUUUUGAAUAUAUAAUAGGGACCUUAAGCAGUCAGGACGGCAACGCCAAGGAAGACUUCGAUUAAAAAUGAAUUUCUACUCUU